AAAAGAAGACUGUGGCAAGGAGGAGGUUCUGCAUACACUUCUCCGAAAUGCCAGAGACUUCUGAUGAGUACAUGAAAUUUGGACAGCAAAAAGUCGAACGCCAACUUGACAGCAUCAAACAGAUGGCAGAGCCACCCAUGUCUGUGUCAGGAAGUCAGUGCUGGAGCAGUAUGGAAGGCAUUAGACAGAAGCAGCAGAGACCAUCAGUUCUGCGUCACGUUUCCCCAGUCGCUUACAGGCAACGACGUGAAAGCAGUGCAGCAGUCUCCAUUUGCAAGGAAGAGGUGGAUGCAUGCCAUAUUCUUCAGGAACCUUCACCUCACAUGGACUCUUCUCCCACAUCGAGCCAUCAUUUUCUCUCCUUGAGGAGGGGAGACAUUCAAAAGCAGACCUCUCUUGAGGCCCGGCUUCAUGACGGCAUCCCACAGGGGACCAGUGUUCUGCUCAUGAGUGGGCUCUGCCGAUGGCCUGGCUGUGAAGCAGUAUUUGAAGACUUCCCUAGUUUCUUGAAGCAUCUUCAUUCUGAACACGGACAUGGUGACAGAAGUAUUGCUCAAUGGAGGGUCCAGCAGGAUAUUGUUCAGUAUAUGGAAAGUCAGCUCAUUCUGGAAAAACAGAAACUCAUUGCAAUGCAACUUCAUCUCUCAGAGGACAAAUACUCUGACUCGAAGGCAGCUUCUGAGUGGCAAUACAGCCUUCCUCUGUUCCUGCCGCAGCCUCAGGUUACCAGUGGAGACAGAGUGCAACAGUGGGCCACCAAACAUCUGGAAGAGCUGGUCCAGCAUGGCAACAGACCUACUGCUUCUGAUCAUCUCCUCCCAGAUUUGGUUCCCAGUAUUGAGUGUUACAAAUACAACAACAUCAGGCCUCCUUACACCUAUGCAUACUUGAUAAGAUGGUCUAUCCUGGAGUCUCCAGACAAACAGCGUACUCUGAAUGAGAUUUACAACUGGUUCACUACCAUGUUCUUCUACUUCAGACAUAAUACUGCCACCUGGAAGAAUGCAGUGCGUCACAACCUCAGCCUUCACAAGUGUUUUGUGCGAGUGGAGGGAGGAAAGGGAGCUGUGUGGACAGUAGAUGAAAUGGAGUACCAAAGGAGGAAGGGUCAGAAGUAUCAGCGGGAUUGCCCCGUGAAGUGGCUCACAGCCUACUCCCAUUACUCUCCUGGAAACCCCUGAGCACCAGCGCUGAGCUGCUCACAUCCAGAUAUCAUCAGAUAACGAGCAGCAGGAAGAACAUCUGGAGGAUGAAGAAUCUUUGAAGUGUAUCUAGUUUGUGUUCAGAUUGAAGACUUGAUUAUGAUUUAUAGGUUAUUACAUUAUGAUAUUUGUGCCCAUGUCUGACAAAUGUUUUUGUGCUCACUCAUUCUAAAAAUAA